UAUAGGCAGUGAACCAAUCAGCACGCUAACAGUCACGCAUGCGCAGUGGAUCACUCGGAUGUCCUGGCGGUAAAAACGAAGAGAAAAUGUCAACAAACUAACUAACAGUGUGACAGAAGUUGAGAGCUUUUUUGUUAUUUUGAACGAGAAACAUCCAGAUGUCAGUGAUGUCUGAGAGAGCAGAUUGUGUGUUUGUCUCAUCUCUGGGCAAAGGAGACAAUUUACAUCAACAAGUGUUAUCAGCAUUCCCUUUGUGUCAGAUGACAGAGGAGGAUCUGAUCCAGAACCCUCAGUUCUGUAAGCUUCUGGCGACUCUGUCCCAGCAUGUGGACCGAACCGGACUCACACAGCACCUGAGGAGGGACCUGGAGAAGGCCGAGCGUGAGCUGCACUCUCAGAGACUGUCUUGGCUGCGUGUGGAGAGCGUUCACCGGGUUCUGCGAGAGAUCGUCCAAGAGAAUCGCUUCAGUAAUAUCUCCAGCGCUCGGACAGCGGAGGACAAGUUCUUCUGCACACUGGAGCAGUGUUUGACGGUGGGUCAGUGUGUGAGACAGAUGGAGAUGAGCACUGACACCAGUGAACAUCACAGCGGCGUUCUGGGACUGACAGCAGACAGAGUCAAGAGACAGAUGCCUCCUGAACAGGACAUUAUGCAAAUGAAGCAGAGGUUACCAUCAGAACUCCUGCAACACCUGAAGAGGAAGGCCGCCAAUAUCCUGACAUACUAUCAGCCUGAGUGGGAGAAUGAAAGCGAAGGUCUCAGGAGUGUGAAGCUUUCCAAACUUCCUGAGCUGCUAGACCGUGAACAAAAGAAAGCAAAGAGCCUAACUGAGAGAAACAGAGAGAACGCCACGUUACUGCAGAGACAAACUCACGCAGUACCUGUCUGUGAGUCCAGAGACACUUUCUUCAGAUGAUCGUGAAAUGAUAUCUGACCUUAUUAAAUUGUUUAUACAAGAUUAUCAUGGUUACAUUAAAAGAGUUUGCUUUGACAGGAGCUGCUGAAGUGUAUGAACAUCCUUCAGUGUCUCGUCCUGGAUCUCAGGCUGAAGGCUCAGAAAAAUCUAGACAGGAAGAAGAUCGAGUACUUUGAGGCCAAAUGUGAGAUUGGUUUGCAGAAGAUAAGAGCCGAGAUGCUUGAAGUUCAACUGGACACCUACACAAGAGACAAGAUAGCGGCUCAUAAGAAAAUAACGGAGAAGCUCAACGCCGAGCUGAAGACCUCAGAGAUGGACAAACAGGCGGUGGAGUCCAAACUGGCGUCCUUUGAGAUCUACGGCAAGGAUUUCGAGGCUCUUGCAGAGGAAUAUUCAAGACUACGACAGGAAAUCGCCACUAAAUCAUGGGCGCUGAAGGAGUUCUCCACAUGAAUGGAGGAAAUGAUAUCAUGCUGUUGUUUUACUGUAGUGAAUAUUGUUGAAUUAAUUUGUUAUUGUUGACCAUUUAAUAUUGUUAAUUUACUAAUUAACCAAUCACAUUCAACAAGUACAGGUUUGUCAGCUUUUGUGUUGAUAAAUAAAAAGUCAAAUUAGA